AUUUCUACACAGUCUGUUGCGCAUGUGUGGAAUAUGCAAAACGGUAACAGACACUCUUCUGUUAUUUUUCAUCUUCUGAUAGCCUAGGGUUAUUUCGCGCAAAAACGGCUAACAUUUCUGAUUAGGAUACUAUUCUAAGAUCGUAUUAAGCACCCAGAUUUGUUGUAAUCAUGGCUUUCCCUCGGCUUUUAAGACAACUUCCUAUGAUCCUCGUUCAGUCGUCGUCAACAAUUCUCCCAAAAAAGUUUAGUGUCUCUACUGCUGCAGCUGCAAUUCAGAAAAUGACAAGAGUGCGUGUGGUGGACAACAGCUCUUUGGGAAAUACGCCGUAUCACCGCCCACCAAGAGUGAUCCAUGUCUACACUAAGAACGGCGUCGGGAAAGUGGGGGACAGAGUGCUGCUGGCCAUCAAAGGGCAGAAGAAGAAAGCGCUCAUCGUUGGACACAAAAUGCCUGGAGCGCGCAUGACUCCACGCUUUGAUUCAAACAAUGUUGUUCUAAUUGAGGACAAUGACAACCCUACUGGGACAAGGAUUAAGGUUCCUAUACCAUCAAGUCUGCGUCAAAUGGACGGAGAUUUCUCUAAAGUUCUGGCAAUUGCAAGCACAUUUGUCUGAUUUCAUCAGGUUGAAAAUAUGAACAUUUAAGCUUUUGAGCUUUUUUUUACAAAAUGGAAAAGAUCAAUCUGCAGUUGUCUGUAUGGUACAUUUUUUGGCCACCUAUCAAGUAUUAAAGUAUUUUACAUGUCUGA